CUGCAACGUCACUUCUCUCCUUCCCGACGAGACAGUGUAUCUGCAAUUCACGACGUACAUCACGACUGCAACAAUCAAGCUCAUAGGCUUCACGUCGGUGGCCCUCGAGUCGUCUCUCGUCAUCGAAACCCGUCAGGCCAACGUCUCCGUCUCGCGAGGCAACGGAAGGGCCGACGCGUCCACGGCGAACACGCACGUCACUCUCAUUGCGCAGAGGGAAACCCAAGCGAGCCUGAAGGACGUCUCUCUCUGGAAAAUCUUCAUCGCCGUCCUCGUGGCUCUGAUGCUCCUCAUCAUCCUUAUAGGCAUCCUGCAUAAGCUCGGGUUCUUCAAGCGCAAACGACUGAAUGAAAAUCAAAGAGAGUUGAUGAAGCAGAGUCAGAAACGCAGGACGCAGUGCAUGGAAUAGGGCAGACGUCUGUACGUGUGUGUGUGUGUGAGAGAGAGAGAGAGAGAGAGAGAGAGAGAGAGAGAGAGAGAGAGAUUGAGUAAGUAAGUAAGUACGUAAGUGAGUGUGUGAGAAUGAAAGAGAAAGAGAGAGUGAGUGAGUGAGAUUGAGAGUGAUUGAGUAAGUUAGUGAGUGAGAGAGAGACAGACAGACAGACAGACAGACAGACAGCGUGAGACAGAGACUGAGAGAGAAAGAGAGAGAGAUAAAUGCUUUAAUGCACACACAUACGUACUAAUGGUCUAAAAUAUGUCAAUAUAUGCUUACUUAUAAGUGUAUUUCGACAUCUGUAAAUCUAUAUGCCUAUAUUUCUUUUUACGAGUAUCCAUCUAUAUCUAUCAGUACUUGUAUAUGUAUAUUGAUUCACAUAUCUUUGUUUAUAUUGUGCCUUUAUGUAUGUAUGUAUGUAUGUAUAUGUUUGUGUACCUGUUCAUGGGUCUACACAUACAUUUAUUUACAUGUGUCUAUCUUAAUAUGUUUUAUAAUAUAUAUCUCAUCCUGCGCC